UUUUUUUUUUUUUUUUUAAUCCCGUCUUUCCUACUGCUUUGUGGUUUCAUGGCCGGUCUUCUAUUUACAUUCGGAGUUAACGGGGGUAUAUAUAUCAUAUAUUCGGUUCGGACACGGCAGCGUGGGCUGAACAAUGGGGCAUAGAACGCCAGUCUUGGGCGAAGCGGCCAUGCAAAAGAACAGGAAAAGGGAAAGGAAAAGGGAAAGGAAAAGGGAAAGGAAAAGGAAAGGGGGCAAAGGAAAAGGAAAGGGGGCAAAGGAAAAGCUCUCUUGUGCCUGGAUUUUGCUGGGACGAGAAACGGACACGUCCUGAUGUCUUCCACACAUGAUGUAUGGAUUAGCCGACUUCUCCUUCUUCUAGGGCGUCUCUGUGAGAUGCUGCUAUGGAAUAGAGAAGGAAACACGAAGCCAUGGUGCAAUAAACAUGCUGAGGCAUGAUCUCGUGAGGGUAUCAUUCUCAUCCUUUUUUU